AUGAUUAACGGCGGGGAAAGGCUGAGGAAGAUGGUAGUGGGCAGCGGGAAUAGUGAGAAGUGGGUUGGGCUAUGGCUUAGGUGA